UUUUCUCCCCUCUUCCCCAACAUCCCCCUCCUCCUCUCAAUCUCCCACCUCCACCAGUGCUUCUACCCUUCUCCCCUCCACUUCCACUCCACCUCCUCCUUCCACCAGUGUCACCUUCUUGAGGAGGAAGGUGAUGGUGGUGAGGGAGAAGCUGUGCUGGUCCGAUGCUCUGAUCUACUGCAGAGAGCACUACUGGGACCUGGUCAGUGUUCGCAACGAGACAGAGCAGAGGGUCCUGGAGAAACUGGUGAAGGAGAGUAACCUCAUCACCCCCCUCACCUCCCAUCUGUGGCUGAGCCUGCGCAGGUACAUCCUGGGAGACACAUGGUACUGGAUGACCGGAGACUGUAUAAACUACACCCACUGGGUGAACGGCGUUCCCCCUAGGAAGGACAUCUCCAACCCCUGUGGAGCGUUGACCAACGGGGCCAACGAAGGGAACUUCCUCUGGGUGGAGCGGCUCUGUGAUGACCAUUACAACUUCCUCUGUUACUCAGGUACCUGCUGUUCUCAUAAUAUAGGUGGAAGACUAUUUUUCAUUGGAGUAGAUGUCAGUCUUUAUAAAGUUUCUUUCAGCAUUGUUUCUGCCUAGUUUUCUAAUAUCUGUGUCAAUGACUGCUCCCUAUGUGGUUUAGAGACCAUGUUGCCUCUCUCUUGUCUCUCUCUGUCCUCAGGUCCUGAAGCAGGGGUCAACAGAGUGGAUUUCUACAGCAGCAGA